AUGCCACUUUAUGCUAAGUUUCUGAAAGAAUUGAUGACCAAGAAGAGAAGCUGGAGGAAUGAUGAAACUGUUGUUUUAACUGAGGAAUGUAGUGCUAUCAUCCAACACAAGCUGCCACAAAAAUUGAAGGACCCUGGAAGCUUCCAAAUUCCAUGCAUCAUAGGGGAAAUAAUAGUUGAAAAAGCCUUAUGUAACUUGGGAGCUAGUAUAAAUUUGAUGUCCUUAAUAAUGAUGAAGAGAAUGAAGAUUGAGGAAGCCAAACCAACAAGAAUGGCUCUCCAAUUGGCAGAUCAGUCAUUCAAAUUCCCUCAUGGAAUAGUGGAAGACUUGCUAGUGAAAGUAGGGGAAUUCGUCCUCCCUGCUAACUUUGUGGUAUUAGGUAUGGAGGAAGAAGCUAAGGCUUCAAUAAUUUUAGGCAGGCCAUUUUUAGCUACUGCUGGAGCCAUCAUUGAUGUCCAAAAGGGUGAACUUUCCCUUAGGCUACAUGAUGAGAGAAUGAUAUUCAAUGUAUUCAAGGCCAUGAGCUAUCCAUCAAAAUCACUAGGAGAAUGUAUGAGGAUAGAUGCAGUGGAAACUGUAGUGCAAGAAACCUUUGAAGAAGCACUUGAAGGAUUGAUAGAGGGUGAUUCCAUGUUAAAUGAUGAGGUUACUGAUGUCAACUUAGCUGAAAUAUCUAUUCUAAGCACAUUGGAGGAGAGGAAAAAGUAG